GCUGCCUGCUUCCUAUUAUUCCUCUGGAAUCCUGGCCCUCCUUUCUCUCGCUUCUUCCACCCAUUCUUCCUCCCAGACCAAUUUCUUCCAUACCACCUCGGGCGGAGCACCAUCUGCUGAUCUCCUCUCUUACCGCCGCUGGCCUUUUCUUCUUAUCUCAAAGGAAGAAGACAAGAAGAUUGAAAUCUCUGCAACCUUUGUCGCCUGUUUCGACAGCUCGGAGCAGUCGAAGCGCGUUGAAACUCGUCUAGUCGGUCGACAAUUAAGGUAUGGCACCACCUAUGGCACCGACUGGUUGCUAUUACCAAGCGACCAGUUGGGUUCUGCUGCUCGAUGUCGGCGAAGUUGCGACUAACCAGGCUUCCGGUCCAGAGUUCCAUUCUCAGCCAUGCCGAGGUGCUAUCGCCGCUCGCGACGAGCCCAGUCGGAGCACAAAGGGAACGCGACUAUGUCCGGCAACGACCCCGCGGCCGAGCGCGUCCCUGAGCAGGGUCAGAAGCGCGAUCGCACCACAACGCCCAGUCCCAACCUGGCCAAGCGGCCCCGUAGGGGUAGCAACAACAGCAGCAGCAGCAAUGCCGCCGGCGAAGCGUCCAAGGGCAUAGACGCCGCCGCACAGAUCGGACUGAACCUUAGCAAAGCUGAUUCGUCCUCAUCCAGCUUGUGGCCGCCUCCCUCAUCGUCGGUCUUCUCUUCCGCCGGCUCUUCCUCCGCUUCGCCCGCUCAAGCGCCGCUCAACCAGCAACUGCUGACGAACAUCGCGGACCGGCUCUCCGCCCUCGCCGACGAGGCCCGCGAAGCGAGCCUGCACCAGCAACCGCAGGCGCCCGCGCACCCGUCCCCCACCGACCUCCUCCGCCGCGUCGAGCAGCUCGAGGCCGACUUCGCCGAGUACCGCCAAGCCAGCCAGCCCCGCGACAGGGCGGCGAACGACCGCCUCUUCAAGAUGGACAUCCGUCUCGACAGGCUCGACCCGCGCCUCGGCAAGCAGGACGUCCGCUUCGACAAGAUUGACGCCCGCAUCAACAGGCAGGACUCGCGUCUCGACAAGAUGAAUGCCGCCAUCACGGAGCUCCGAGGCCGCCUCGGCGCCGCGGAAGGCCGCUUCGCCGCGCUGGAGGCCACCAUGGCCCGCCAGGAGCGCGACAUCGUGAGCCUGCUCAACGCGCAGACGCGGGCGUGGCACGCGGGCGCCAGCACCCGCACCCACGCCAAUACGGCCGCGACCGGGACUGCGAAUGCGAAUGUGAAUGCCGUCGCAUUUCCGAACGCGACCGCGGGCCCGAGUACGAGUCUGGUGCCCCGCACGACGGCCCAUUAUCCGCAGGGCGACGGCCAAAGCUCUGCCGGGGAUUGGAUCAGAAGGGAGUUUGGGGAUGUGAUUGGGGCUGUCGAAGAGCGCCCCGGGCAGCACCAGCCCCCUGGCGGUUCGUGGGCGCCGUGGCGCGGCGCUGGCCGUGGCGCUGGGUAUCGCCGAGGGGGAGGCUGA